AAUACACUUGGAUAGCCUGGAAAAUCAUGUCCUGCAUCUAGACAAUACCCACACGGGUCACACUUUAAUGGCAACAACAUAGUUAUUCUAGAUCAGAGACUUGGAAGGGACUAUGGCUUGAGACAUAUGAGUGUGUCUCAAGGAACUGGACCAGUUUUAGCAUAGAUUUUUUGAAGCAUUAAAAGCCUACCUACAUCCUAGUUUCCCAUAAUGAAAGUGUGGCGCUCCACUGCACUGAGCUUUGGGACGGGGUUAGGUGUGUGAGACACAGCAAUGUCAAAUUGCAGUGUUUAAUUUCUGCGACUAAAUAAACACUCCAUUUACAUGAAUUGUGUAUUAUAGAAGGGAGUAAUUGCAGAGUCAUGACCAAGGCAGGAUGCAGAGAUUGACAAGUAAGUGGGAAAUUUGACCUGAGACUAAUUCCCUGAUUGGAGCAUGGCAGACAAAGUUGCUGAUCACUACCCAGGGAACCUGGCAAGAUGCAGUGGGUGCUGUUAAUCUACACAAAGAAGAAAUUUUAACGAAGGAAUUCUGCACAAGCCAGGAAGAAGUUCUGAGGUCAGGAUAGUUGAGUGUUUCAUCCAGGAAAGAGACACGCAGAUGGCGCCCAGCCACAGGAUAUACCUCCUUCCUCACCCAGCAAAUUUCCUCACCCUAUUGAGUCCUGAACCAGAAGGAAGCCAGGUGAUGGUGGCCAGCGUUUGAAUCUUGCAGACUGUUGGCAAUUGUGAGUCACCAUAGUAACCAUGACUUCACUUGGUACCGAACCAAUAAGGCCCUGGGACUCAGGGAAAGAGAAACAGUGCCAAAGCGUGUUUCCUCUUACUGUUUACCCUCUGGUCCAGAUCGUUCUUAAAAAGCAAUGAGUGUCCUGACAGGUAAAAUAGCCUGAUAUACCAAGAUCAUAAAGCAUCCUGUUGUGCCAUUACCUAACUAACUUAAUCUGAUAAACCCCAACCCUGUUUGGUAAUCGGGGGAGGGUAUGGGAGAGUCAUUUGUUCAAACUGAUACAGAGACACUAUAGAGGAGUGGGUAGGAGCACAAGGCUUCAGAUACAGGCUUUCUCAGUUCCAGUCUCACCUCUCUGUAACCUUGGGCAAGUCCUUUAAUCUCUCUUGGGAGCCCAAAAUUGAGAACACAGUUGGCAUCCACCCCUGGCCUUGGCAUUGUGCCAGAUUCAAAUAAAAUACCACACAGCAUUUUUGGGGGUGAGAUAGGGUCAGGUAUCAGAGGUGAGUACAAUCUUUAAAUCACUGAGAUUACAUUCCCUACGUGGAAACUCAGCAGGAUGGGCCUUAGAAACAGAACUAGGUAUUGCUUGAGAAUGUACAGUUUAUUUCUUACACAGGGGGUUGGAGUAAGAGCCAUACCUGCUUCACCAAUGAUUUUCAAAGGAGACAGAGGUGAGAAGAAGGCAGCUCUGCAAAAAAGCAACAUAAAAUUGAGUUAAAAUUAGUGUGGAUAUAAGAACGCUUGAGUUUAAGCUAGUGCUUCGAGUGCAAUCUAACAAGUCUGUGUGUGUCAGAUGAAGAUCGGGUUGAUGCAACAGUGUGUCCUUAAUGUUCCGGGUCCCAUCAGGCUCCUAUACAGCCCCAUGUGUGAGACAGAUUGAAUAAAUGAUAUAGUUGGCAUUUCAAAUCAGAAGAUGGCCCAAAGCAAUCGCCUGUGACUACUGCUGGUAGCUGAGUGUGUUUGUGUGUGUGUGUGUGCACGUGCGUGUAAUAUGUGGCUGUGUCGGUGUGUGGCAGUGAAGAAGAGGUCCCAGGUCCACUUGAUUACCUGGAAUUCACCAUCUUUUUCAGGCUUUCUUUGUUGAGCUGUCUUCCUGAGGUUGUUUGGAGCCGCUGUGUCAUGGAUAAAGAACUCCCAAAAGCCAGUGCCAACAAGCUUGCGCUGAACAUCAAGAAGCCUGACAAGUCCUUCAAAUGCAAGAAGCCCACCAAAAAUGUGCUGGUCUUUUUAAUCAACAGACAACUGGGCAGGCACAGAAGUGACAUCGACCUGUCAAGGUGGCUAUGGAUGCUGUCAUAAAGCAACUCCAGGGUGAACAUGGCUUUGGACAAAAGUCAUGUGGCUUAUGUGCUGAGGCCUGCCCAGAAUUUUGAGAAAUUAAAUAUAAUUAGAACAAUAAACUCCUCCCAUGUUUGAGCCAUUAAAACAGAGUCUGUCAUUUCA